AUGAGCUGCUCCAAGGAAUGUGACAAGAAGGAGAAGCCUAUUUUGUCUUUUUCUAUAGAAGCAAUCUUAAAAACCCCAUCUACUGAGGCUUGCCUCCACAAUACGGUGACCUGCAAUAGCCAAACUGAAGUGGCUCAAAAGUUCAGUUCUGAGCCACUUCUGGACAGGUAUAAAGAUGACAAGAAAGUGAAGCGUAGAAUUAGGACCACAUUCACAGCAGAGCAGCUCAAGGAAUUGGAGAGAAUCUUCCAAGCUACACACUAUCCAGAUAUCAACAUCCGCAACCAGCUGGCAGCCAAAAUUAAUCUUCCAGAAACCAGAAUUCAGAUUUGGUUCCAGAACCAACGAGCAAAGUGGAGGAAACAUGAACGAUUUAGCAAUUUUGCAGGCCUGCAGCCUCAGACCAAAGCUGGCUUUAUUUCAGUCCCAAAGCCAAAGGACCUUUUCAUGAUGCCCAGCAACAGCCUUUCUGGUAUCACCCCUCCUUCAGAAUACUAUUACACACUCAUCUAA